AUUCAUCAAGAGGCACGGUGGAAAGUAGUUCAAGACACCCACUGUCGGUGCCUCAUAAAAAGCAGAUUUACAAUAAGGAAGGGGGUGGGCAGAGCUGGAAAUAUUACUUCCCAGUUUUAAUCAUAUAAUUUACUGUAAAAAUUUAUUUCCUUUUUUUUUUUUUAAAAAAAAAGCGUCUUUUAAUUUCUGUAUAACUCAGCAUUCAAAUAUUUCUUUACUCCCACCAUAGUGGAUACAUUUAUCGGAUGAUAAUUAUUUGAACUACAUCUUCCAGCAUCCUAUGCUGAAAGGGUGGGCUGGAGUCUGUGAGCAUUCAUUCUACAGUCUUUCUUCAUCAGCUUCCCUUACAGCAGACAGAGACAGGACAAAAGGAUCUCAGCUGGAAAAAAUACAAUUACAUGCGAUCCGCGGUUCACCGUUUAGCUCGUAGAUCUGUUCUCUUUUGUUUUGUGGCCACGGUGCAAGUUCGUUCCAGGUUUCCAGAAUGAGUGAACUGGAACAGUUACGGCAAGAAGCAGAGCAACUGCGGAAUCAAAUUCGAGAUGCCCGGAAAGCUUGCAGUGACACAACGCUUGUUCAGAUCACAGCAAGUUUGGACUCUGUAGGUCGAAUUCAAAUGCGAACGCGUCGCACACUGAGGGGCCACCUAGCAAAAAUCUAUGCUAUGCACUGGGGAUCAGACUCCAGGCUAUUGGUCAGUGCAUCACAAGAUGGAAAGUUAAUUAUUUGGGACAGUUACACAACAAAUAAGAUGCAUGCCAUCCCUCUGCGAUCCUCCUGGGUUAUGACUUGUGCAUAUGCUCCAUCUGGAAAUUAUGUUGCUUGUGGGGGAUUAGACAACAUCUGCUCCAUCUACAACCUAAAAACGAGAGAAGGCAACGUACGAGUGAGCAGAGAGUUACCUGGCCACACAGGUUACUUAUCAUGCUGCCGCUUCCUUGAUGAUAAUGAAAUUGUUACAAGCUCAGGAGACACAACCUGUGCUCUUUGGGACAUAGAAACUGGCCAACAGACAACAACUUUCACAGGACACACUGGAGAUGUUAUGAGUCUGUCUUUGAGCCCUGACAUGAGAACUUUUGUUUCUGGUGCUUGUGAUGCUUCAUCUAAGCUUUGGGACAUCCGAGAUGGGAUGUGCAGGCAGUCAUUCACUGGACACGUAUCUGAUAUUAAUGCAGUAUGCUUCUUUCCCAAUGGACACGCGUUUGCGACUGGCUCUGAUGAUGCUACCUGUAGACUGUUUGACCUGCGCGCCGACCAGGAACUGAUGAUGUAUUCUCACGACAAUAUCAUUUGCGGUAUCACUUCAGUAGCAUUCUCCAAAAGCGGGCGUCUGUUACUAGCUGGAUAUGAUGACUUCAAUUGUAAUGUGUGGGACACCUUGAAGGGAGAAAGAGCAGGAGUCCUUGCUGGCCACGACAACCGCGUAAGCUGUUUAGGUGUAACCGAUGAUGGCAUGGCUGUAGCUACAGGGUCUUGGGACAGUUUCCUCAGAAUCUGGAAUUAACUGGGAGGAAGAUUACCGGUCUUGUACAUUCUCCACCAAGAUCUGGAGAGAUCAAUGCUGCAGCCUAUAGCUGUGAAAUAACAUUUCUACCUUGUAUUUGCAGGUGAAGUUUUUUCUAUUCACUGAUUAUUAUUACACAAAAAGGCUUUCUUUUCAACUAGUAAAAAUCAAGUGAAGUCAUAACGGUUUAAAGGGGAAAAGAGCAUUGAUGACUAUUUAAAAGGGGCUAGCACACAGGAUCAUGGUGACCAAGAAUCUAGGAGCCAGUCUUUGUUUGUGGUUUGGUUAAGUUGUUUAACCCUUUUGCUGCUAGAAAAGUCAGUCUGCAAUUGGGGGCCUUUCCAGCAGCUAUAUGGUUAAAGGAUUUCUGCUUUGUGCUCAAAGUCUGCUGAGUCUGUACUUUUUUUAUUAUUAUUAUUUUUUGUACAUAACUGAAUGUACACACUAUAGCAGCCGAUCAUGUAUGGUUUGUAUGUAAAAGAAAAAAAA